AUGCUCGUCCCGUUUAUCUCAGACACAGAUGCUAGCCGUACCGCCCGGAAACGCAAGCUAGAACGACGGAAGGGGGGCGGCGGUAAAGGCGGCAAGGGAGGGGGAUCUUCGACAGGAAAAGGCGGAAGUAGUGGCUCUGGCUCGAGUGGAAGUUCUGGUUCGAGGGGUACCAAGUCAUCCGUGCCAAUCUCCGGUUCAGUAGCGACGAGGAAAUCCGCGACGAGCUACGGUAGCGGAGGAGGAAAGGCUAUCACCAUCCCAUCGGGCCAGUUAUUCGCUGGCCGGACUGCGGGAGGUGGUACUCGCGCACAGACAUUUGGCGGCCAACGAUAUGGUUCCGGCUAUCCUGGCUUGGGAAACAACGGUGUCGCUGGUCGAGGAUUCCCGUUCUUCUUCUGGCCGGUUGUUUGGGGAGGAGCCCUAGGUGCAGGGAAUGCGCACUACCUAAACGGACGUGAAUACGGAGACGAACGCAACACAUCUCGUCCUGGAGGCCCCAUGUUCCAGGCAACCUUCGCGUCGAACAGCAGCAACUCUACCUUCCAUGUAAUCGCGGACAACUCCACCGCGGUAUCGCUCUCCGGCUCCAUUACCGCCAACUGCUCGUCAUUCGUAUCGACAUCGAAUUCAUCCACGACGCCGAGUGCAUACAACUCGACAGCACCGGGCGCCCCCAACCCAGUGCAAGCGGUGCAGUAUUACCGUGCAAGCAGCGUCGUUUUGACGCUUGACGGAUAUAAUGACACGGCUGCUCUUAGCGAUGACAAUACCACUGCCAACACGCCUUUGCCUAGCUCUGUGGAUCACAACCUUUUGGACUGUUUGAACCAAACUAUUGGAUUGGCAGUACCUCUGAUAAAUGGUGCGAGCAGCCAGUGGACCCAUUCAGCGACUGGGAUGGGCUUGAUGGGCCUCGUUUGGACGAUGUGGUUAUUAUUUGCGACUGUAGCAUGA